AUGAAUUCCAGUGAAGAAUCUAUAGAGAAAAAUGAGAAUUAUCAGCCACAUCCUUUGGAGCUGACCCAGUAUGGUGAACAAAACACCCUUGAGCGAAUUCAGACUAGCGCUGCCGUGCAACUGGUGGUCGAAUCACUUGACCAAAAGGUCGUUAAUUUGGGUCCUCUAGAGGAACCUUACGAUGUGCAAAGAAUCCACACUCAUCCUGAUCCUGAAUCCACAUACAACGAGGCUGACGAAUGGAAAUACCCCAUAGAUGCGGCUACGCAAUUGAGAAUUGUGGAGUUCGUCCCAGGCGAUAAACAAAACCCAAAGAAUUUUGGCACUUGCAGAAAAUGGCUUAUUACCAUGACUUUGGGGUUUGUAUGUUUUAUUGUUGCUUUUGGUUCCUCAGUUGUCACUGGUGAUAUGGAAUCUCCACUUAAAACGUUUGGUGUUUCGGAAGAGGUCUACAUCUUGUCGACCAUCACCGUUUUCGUUUUGGGAUUCGGGUUCGGGCCUCUUGUGUUUGCACCCUUCUCCGAGGAAAUUGGAAGGCAGCCCAUCUAUCUUCUCACCUUGUUUAUUGCAUUGAUAUUCAUCAUUCCUUGUGGUCUUGCGCAAAACAUUGGAACGAUGCUUGUUUGUCGUCUUAUCGAUGGUCUCGCCUUCUCAGCUCCAAUGUGUCUUAUCGGUGGCUCACUUGCCGAUAUCUGGGAAGGCAAAGAGAGAGGAAAGGCAAUGGCUGUUUUUUCCGCAGCACCAUUUUUAGGCCCAGCUCUUGGUCCACUUUUCGGUGGUCUCUUGGGCGAUUUUACCUCGACAUGGAGAUGGAUCUUCUGGACCUUUUUGAUUAUCGCCGGUGUCGGCUACGCCCUUCUUAUUCUUUUCGUUCCAGAAACACACCACCAAACCAUUCUCAGAAGAAGGGCUAAAAAACUCAGAAAAUUGACAGGCGAUGAUACAUACAGAGCUAUUAGUGAGUUGAAAGUGAGAACGGUCAAGGAGAAAAUGAACGACUCGUUGCUCAGACCGUUCAUUUUGUUAAGCGAGGUUAUUGUCUUCCUUGUCACGUUAUACAUGGCUGUUCUUUACGGCUUGCUUUACAUGUUCUUCUUUGCAUAUCCCGUCAUCUACAUGGAAGGAAAAGGAUGGUCAGCCUCCAAAACUGGUGUGAUGUUCCUCCCUAUCGCUGGUGGUGUUUUAUUUGCAAGUGCUCUCGCGCCAUUCAUCAACAAUGAUUACAACAAGAAAGCCCAGCCUUACGUUGACAAAGGCGAGCUUCCUCCCCCCGAGCUUCGUUUGAGACCGAUGCUUAUUGGAUGUUGGUUCAUUCCAGCAGGCCUUUUCGCAUUUGCUUGGUCUUCCUACCCAAGAUUAUCAUGGGCUGGUCCAGCUUUCAGUGGUUUUGGUUGCGGGUUUGGAUUUUUGAUGCUAUACAAUCCCGCAAAUAACUACAUUGUUGACUCCUACCAACACUACGCCGCCAGUGGAUUGGCCGCCAAAACAUUUGUGAGAUCCAUCUGGGGUGCAUGCGUCCCACUUUUUACAAUUCAGAUGUACCACAGACUAGGGUAUGAAUGGGCCUCUACCUUGAUGGCUUUUAUCGCGUUGGCAUGUUGCCUUAUUCCUUAUGUAUUUUACUGGAAGGGCGCCAAAAUUAGGGAAUACUCUAAAUAUGCGUAUACCCCUGACAUCAAAGAAUAA